UCUUGUGUGUGGGUGAAUUAUUCCUUCGUUUGUCAUAUAUGUACAUGUGAUUUAAGGUGAUGUGAUCGUGAAUGAGCUCAGAAUAAACAAUUGUGUGGUAAUGUUAACUCACUAUAGCUUACAUAGUUGUGAAAAGUAAAAGGAUGAAGGAUCCAAUGGUAAAAUAACGCGGGUAGCGUCGUACACAAGACAUAGAGAAUAUUCGCAUGUAUCUUAUAUACAACAUUACAUAAUAGACAACUUCAGAACAGUGUGAAACGGAAUAUCACAAUACUUUAAUCCGCACGAAUCCGUUCCGCACCUUUCCUGACUAACGCCACAGCUGUGUGAGAACUGGGGCGCGUGUGUAGGUGCUUAGGCCUAACAUACUUGGCAUCAUCCCAUAGUUGCAUUCGUCUAUAAAAUGGGAGUGUGUGCAAGAAAACCUCGCAAGUUCAGCGCUGACGAUGGCGGAGAAGGGAGAGCUGCUCCGGCGGAUCCCGAGUGUAAAGUUAUGGCUGGUUCUCACCUUCACUCUCGCGUACACAGUGGUGCUCCUCGUCGCUGAUUACACUACCCAUUCCCUGACGUUAAGAGUGGAGGUGUACCACGCUCUCUACAACCUCUUUUCGCUCAUCGGAUGCUUGCUUACGAUGAAGUUAUGCUCAAGGCCCCAGAGCCUGCACAACACCUUCGGAUGGGCGAGGCUGGAAGUGUUGUCAAUGCUGACGACGCUUCUGUUUCUGACUGCUCUCUGCUUCAGCGUCGCCGUCGAGGCAAUCCAGACGGCGGUGCACGCAGGUCAUCAAGAUGCCAUGCACCAUCCACUACAGGUUCUUAUGCUGGGCGUCGUGGGUCUGGCAAUCAACGGCGUCGUUUUCUGUCUCAUAGGAGGGUACACGCAUCACCAAGGCUGUUUCCUAGAGAUGCGCCCCUCAGGAGGAGUCUGGGUCGGCCGGCAGGUCACGCAAGAGGCCGUUCAGGCUGGCCGUAGGACGCUGUCUUCAAGGAACCUCAAGGCAGGAGCAGCAAAACCUUCAAGGAUAAGUCAAGGCGUUUUAGAAGUUCUCAGAGACAUCUGCGGUGUAUUGCUAAUGAUGGUGUGCGCCGCCGUAGUGUACUGGGACGACGGGGGAACCAUAGCGCUCUACAUUGAUCCGGGCCUUGCUGUGACUUCAGCUGCCCUUCUCAUGUGGUUUAGUUUCCCCUACGGGAAGGAAUGCUGCCACAUACUACUGCAGACAAUUCCUGGCCACAUAGACGUAGAGGAGUUCCAGGCACGAUUCUUGCAAGAAUUUCCUGCAAUUCUCAAUGUUCAUCACCUCCAUAUCUGGACCUUUACUCCUGAAAAUGUAGUAGCAACGGUGCACGUGGUCUUUCCAAGUCCACAAGUAUACCUCAACAUGAAAGCUGCUCUUACACACUUCUUCCACGAGGAAGGCAUAACGAAAGUCACUCUACAACCAGAGUACCUUGGGAUGGGCACAGAUGAGGCACUGGAUACCACCCUGCUGACGAAGGGACAAGUCUGUCUUUUGAGAUGCGAAAAUGAGCAUUGUUUUCAGAAGGAAUGCUGCCAUGACUGCUGCCACCAGGAACUCACAACGGUCAACACUACAAGGCCACGGGUUCUUACGGCAAACACCAAGACAUUGGAGGAGAGUGUACCCACCAACACCGGAUGCAUCAUAACAAACGCGCCAUGCAAACAAGUGAAUAGCGAGGCAGGUGAAGGUAAACGUGUGAAUAGCGAGGCAGGUGAAGGAGUCCCACUUGAGAAGGAUCCACUUCAGCCGAAAACUCAAAGAGAAAUCGAUCAGACGGAACAGCCGGAGGAGGAGAUUCCAUUCUUGAAGAGUAAAACUGUUGCAAGUGAUGAUGCCAAUGAGAGUAGAAGCCCACCACAAAGUGAAGAAAAUAUGAAGACACGAAAAGAGGCUUUAGGACAUGAAAGUGAAGGAAAUUAG